GCUCGUAAGUAAACUAGAUCUAUUGAUGUUGGGUUUACUGGCCCAUUGAGUUCAGCAUACUCGAACUGGAUCAAGUUUCAUUGAGCCCCAGUCAAGUCCAAGAAGAAGCCCAGCCGCUCUAGCUCAAUCAAAACCAUCCGAUCCUUUUGCCCGAAGACGAAAUCGAACGGCUACAAUAAACUAUCACCUUAAAAUUAAAUUCCACAUUAUAUGUAGACAAAUCGAAGAACAGAGACUAGAGUUGGAACUCGGCAAAGUGGUGCAGAAGGAAGGAAGAAGGAUGAAGAGGUGGUUCGAUCCGUGGUCCGUCUUCUUCAAGCGAGAAUGGAACCGCAACUGGCCUUUCCUGGUCGGGUUCGCCAUCACCGGAACCAUCAUCACCAAGCAUUCCCUCAGCCUCACUGAGGAACAAGCAAAGGAGUCGAAAUUCGUUCAGAGGCAUCAUAGGUGAAUUGAUUGAUACCUAAAAGCCAAUGUAGUUGCUCCAAUCAUCCUGAAACGGUUGCUUGCAGUUGCUUUUGCUUUUUAUGAGCUACAAUAACAGAAGAAAGCUGUUCUAGAUACUCUGUUUUUGGUUCUUAUCUUCACGAAACACCUUUAUGAUUGCAAUAUUCGCCUGUCUACUUGAUCAAGAGUUAUGUUCUUGAAAUGAAAUUGAUAACAAAGUGGCAAAUGGCGGUUAAUUCAUUUUGAUGUCUCAUUGGCCUCUUUGAAAUAUUUCUUUGAUCUCUUGGGGUUAAUGCCACGGGCGAACAGGGAAUAGUGGUCACCGUGCAUGAGAGUUUAUUGUGUUAGGUGCAAGCACAUCAAUUCUUUUGCAAAUAAAAGAAUUAGAAUUGGAUGGUAUGGAUUACCAUUAUUCAUGAUAUGAAGGUAGAUGUUAAAAGAAUGGAAACUAAUUUAGGUUAUGUUGGGUUUAGGGAGGGGAGACCUUUCCUCCAUUUGGUUGUUAAAAAAAAAAAAAAGUUAAA